AUGCCGGCGCCCGUCCAGCUGGUCACGGUGCUGCAGCUGGUGCGUCGGUCGACGGUCGAGCACGCCGCCACGCUGUCGUCGCCCUCGUCGUUUGCCACCGAGGCCCUGACGAACGGUUCCGACUCCGUGCGCUACUACAUUGCCAGUCAGGACGACCGUUACCAUCUCAACGACUGCAUCCGCUUCGUCAUCCCUUGGCUUCUCCCGCUGCUGUGGUCCGCCUGGCAGCUCGUCGCUACGGGCAUGUGUGUCCUCGGGUCCCUCUUGUUCCUGCCGCUGUAUCUGGUUCUGAAUAAGGGGACCGAGGCCAAGGGAAAGUCUGCUGUCUUGUGA